GAGGUUCAGAGAGGGGAAGUAAGUUACCCAAGGUCACACCUAGAAUGAGCAGUAGAUCUAGCAUUUGAGCCCGGCUGGGCAUUGAGCUCAUGUGUCUUCUGGUAAUUCCAAUCCAUCCCUGUCUCUCUGGAUCCCUCUGUGACUAUGUCUUGCUUGGUCUUCCUCUGUCUGUGUCUCGCCUCUUUCUCCCUCCUUCUCUUUCUCCCUGUGCAGAAUCGCUGGCCAAGCCCACCAUUUCAGUCAGCCAGGGCACUGCCAUAGAGCACAGAGAAAAGGUGACCUUCUACUGUGACACCAAGGACGUCAACAUUACCAUCCACUGGGUCGCCAACAAUCGCCCCCUGGUGUUCCAUGAGCGCCUGCAGCUGUCCCCGGAUGGCAAGACCCUCACCAUCCUCACGGUCCAGCGAGAGGACGCCGGGAAUUACCAAUGUGAAGCCUGGGGUGCCCGCCAGGUCCAGAGCAGUGAUCCCACCUUCCUGAUGGUGAACUAUGGUCCUGACCCCACUGAAAUCAAGCUGGAGUCUGGUGUACUCAGCGGAGAGGUGGUUGGGGUGACGGAGGGCUCCAACGUGACCUUCGCAGUGGAAGUGCAGUCUCACCCCUCUCCUGCCUUUUCCUGGUUUUUCCACAAUGACUCCCUCCGAUCUCUCACCACGAGGACUUUCACCAUCCAUGCCGUGUCCAGGGAACACGAGGGCACGUACAGGUGCUUGGUGUCCAAUAGUGCCACCCACCUGUCCCUCUUGGCUGCUCUUAAAGUCCGAGUCCUUGAAAGACUGGCCAAGCCUUGCAUUGUGUCCCCAAGCCUGAAUCUCCAGGAGAAUGCCAGCUCCGUGGCCCUGACCUGUCAGACCACCCAUGAGAGGGUUCGAGUCCAGUGGCUCCUGAAGGACCAGCUCCUCCUUCCCAGCAAGCACCUGGUGCUGUCAGCUGACAACAAGACCCUGGUCAUCCACGGCCUUGGGAGGAAUGACACGGGGCCCUAUGAGUGUGAGGUCUGGAACUGGGGCAGCUGGGCCCGAAGCGAGCCCUUCUGGCUGACCAUCAGCUAUGGCCCUGACCGAGUGGACAUCACCAUGGGGCCGGGGUCUGGGGUGGUCAGCGACGUCACAGCGGAGCUCAACUCCAGCUUGACCCUGCAGUGUCGGGCUGAGUCCCAGCCCGGCGCCGAGUACCGCUGGACCUUUGAGCAUUCCACCACUGUGUAUAUGGGGGGAACGCUGACCAUUGCAGCCCUGUCCUGGGAACACCAGGGGAUCUACAACUGCACAGCCCUCAACCCUCUGACCCGCCUGGCCCGCUCCACCUUGGUCCUGGUCAGAGUGGUAGGUUCCCAGUCGUCCUGGUCUGCAGGGGCCAUCGCCGGCAUUACCAUUGGGAUCCUGACGGUCAUUGUCCUGUCCACAGGGCUGGGCUGUUUCCUCUACAUCAUAAAUGUCGGAUGGCCCUCAAAGGAAACAGCAGAGGACCCCAUCCAUGAGGCCACGACACCCACCUCUGAGAAGGAACCCGAUGGAGAGCUCAGUUCUGACUGGCCGAGGCUUGUGUAUGCCAAUAUACCUGAACCUCAGGGACAGGUCAGAGUCAAAAAGAUGCUGCCACCAGACCCCCCUGAGCAGUUUUAUGAGGUGCUUGUGAACCCAGUAUGCAACAUUUACUGCGAAAUGAAGCCCUCCAUCUAAUGGAAGCAGCGAUCUUUUCUCCAGAAGUCCUAGAGAAACCAUGCUUAAUCACAUAUCCAAUGACAUUUAUUUGGUGCAUAUUAUAUUCUUGCCACUCUUUGUAGACCUUGUGACAUUCCGUUUCAAUGUGUUGUUCAGGCUCUGGACCCUAGAUCUCACCAAACUUUAGGCUUUUGAGUUAUAUUUCUUUAAAAUCAAUAGAAACAGGGAGAAAGCAACCAAGAAUUAGAGGGCCAAGGUUCGAGACCCAGCAGCUGCGGGUGCCAUAGACACAUCACAAGAUGGACAAACACUGUUGAUGGACACAGCAGCCAUAGUGUGAGCCAGCCAGAGAUCUUAGGCUUUUAAUAUUGUCUUGAAAAUGGUAGCCAAUGCAAUCCAACAUGAAAGGGACUAUCUGGCUUAAAAUACUGAUAAGAAGAGAUGAAAUUAUUACCUGUAGAUAAUUAUCUCACUAGAAAAACCAAGAGAAUCAAAUUAAGAAUUCAUAACCUUUCAGUAGG